AUCUACAAAAAUCAUCUUGGGUCCACUUGGUUCUGCACUUUUUAAUGACCUUUUCUUCCUAAAAAAAAAUCAUAUUUUAACAUAAUUUAAUAGUAAUUUACUCACCAAAUUACAGCUCUCCACAACCCACAUCCCUUUUUCUAUCUAGAAUCAUCACUUUUCAUUGGAUUUUUCUUGACAAGAUUUGGGUUUGUGUUGACAUUUCCAGUUGGGGGAAAGUUUGACUGAAGAAAUUGUAGCAAAAGUGUGAGAAACUAAUGCUCUAUUAAGUUAAAGAUCAUUGAUUUUUGAUCAGAGCAAAGGAGAUGAAAAGAGGUAAAGAUGAUGAUAAAAGUAUGGGGCCAAUGUUUCCAAGGCUUCAUGUGAAUGAUACCGAAAAAGGAGGUCCAAGAGCACCUCCUAGAAACAAAAUGGCUCUUUAUGAACAACUUAGUAUUUCUUCGCAGAGGUUCAAUAGUGGGGUGCCAUCAUCUUCAACUCAGGGAACUAAGAAUGUUCAACAACCUUCUUCUAUUAACCCAAUCAGAAAGACAGAUACUCGCCAUUCUGAUGUCAACAAUCAACGCAUGCAACAAGAACAUAAAAAGAGGCAAGAGGACGAUGAUUUUCGGGUCCCAAUCUUUGACCAACAAUCUGGCAUAAGUCAAAAUCGUAGUGGAAAUAAGCAAAGUAGAGAAAAUGAAGGUGUCGCUAUCACCCCCUUUGCGGCGCAUUUUUCAGGUCGUUUAGCUAACGUUCCAAGUAGACAAAGCAAUAAUAAAUUUCAAAAAGAGAACUCAAGAGAUUUUGCUAGAUCUGGCUCAAAUCAACCAACCCGAGAAAACAUUAAAGCUCCAUUGAAGGAGAUGAAUGAAUCUUCAAAUUUUGGUCACAUAAAUGUUUCAAAUAAUGGGAAUGUACGAGAUUACCGAGCUGACUCACUAGUAGAUAAUACUUUGUGGGGUGACAGUGUCUUAAAUGAGGCAUCUAGAGCUAGUAAUUACGGGAAUAAUUCAGUUCCUGUAACGGAGGUUCAAGAAGAAGUUUUGAGAAGCCCUAAUGAUCCAACUAAUGCGGAUGCUGUGUCCGAGACAUCAAUGGUGGAUUCAGUUUGUGGAGUUGAUAUUUCUCCUGAUGAUGUCGUGGGGAUAAUUGGUCAAAAACAUUUUUGGAAGGCAAGAAGAGCUAUCGUCAAUCAACAAAGAGUAUUUGCUGUUCAAUUGUUCGAGCUCCACAGAUUGAUUAAGGUUCAAAGAUUAAUUGCAGGAUCACCUCAGCUUUUGGUUGAAGAAAAUGCUUACGUGGCAAAACCACCAAAAGUUUCUCCAAUCAAGAAAAUUCCAAUUGAGUAUGUGCUUAAACCUAAUCUGAAUACGCCUAAGCACAGAAUCGACCUUGAGAAGCCGAAUGACGACACAGAAUUCUCAGCCGAGAACGCCGUUGGGAAGGCAUCUCUAUCUUCUGUGCAGAAUGGCAGCCAGACAACCAAUUGCAGACCGUUCGGUGGGAACCCGGUGCCUCCAUCUGAUCCAAAUAUGGGAUCUUGGAAUUUUAAUGGGCCGCCUGGGCAUCAAUGGUUGAUCCCAGUGAUGUCUCCAUCUGAAGGACUUGUCUACAAACCAUACCCUGGACCUGGGUUCAUGGGCCCGGUUUAUAAUGGUUGUGGACCGCCUGGAUCUAUGCCACCCAUAAUUGGACACAAUUUUCCAAAUUAUGGUGCUCCUCCUGAUCAUCAUUAUGAUGGACCCAUGGGGCUUCAUCCUUUCACUCCUCCACCUCCUCCUAGUCACGGCUACUUCCCUGCUUAUGGUAUGCAAAUGAUGAACCCAUCAGUCUCAAGCUCCACGAGGUGCGACCCAACAAAUCCGAUCCCCUCCAAUCUGCAACAGCAAGGCUCCAGUAAUGUUCCAAUUGAGAAAAAACGUGCAGCUGUUGCGGCUGUUCCAAAUGUGCGCAAGUUCAGUGCUUUUAAAGAUACCGAGUUGCAAGCCAGUACAGCAAGCAGUCGAAGUGAUAGAACAAAAGACGGGAACGCCCUUCGACUUUUUCCAACCUCUCCUUCUGGUCCACCUGCUCCUGAACCAGCUCGGGUCGAAGCAGCGGGGGCCCCUCGUGUUAUUAGAGUUGUACCUCAUAAUGCUCGGUCAGCAACUGCAUCUGUAGCAAGGAUUUUCCAGUCGAUACAAGAAGAAAGAAAGCAGUAUGACUCGGGUUAGGUUACGUGAUCAUGAAGAUCAAUUGGUGUUGUAUUAUGUGCUUAUAUGAUUGUAACUUACACUUGAAUGUCUUGGUUGUUGAAUACACUAGGAUGUGUAUAUAUAUAUGCAAGACUAUGACAUGAAAGAUGUCUUGUAAAAAAUGCUUGCUUUAUGUUUGUGUUGUAAGGUUUUGAAGUUGUACACAAAUGGAAUGCAAAUGAAAGCUUAAGCAUGCAAACUGGUUAUUACUGUAUCA